AAGAUUCAUUUGUUUUAUUCGUGUAGCCGGCACACUUAAAUGUAGCAAAUUUGCUGAUUAAGUUAUCUUGGUACUUGGAAAUUAUCUCUGUAGAUGUUUGCCUGAACCGCUGUACAACUGCAAUUUCAACAAACACUAGUAAAUUGGAAAAUGUUCAUACUGAUUUUAAACAUUUUUAUGUUAAGCUUAUUCCAGUUAGCUACUGGGGAUGGUUUUGAGUCGACCCUGGGCGAUGUGAAACCAGAUGUGAGCGACGAAGACCAGGCCGCUGCAGCGUUGGGGGUCAUUCAGCGCCUCGUCCCGGGCAGGGCCUCGGAGUUCCGGGUGUCUGUGGACUCCUCCCUGGGGCCGCGUGGCAAAGACACCUUCGUGGUCCAGAAGGGUCGGUCGGACAGCGUCGUGAACAUCGUGGGAUCGAGCGGCAUCGCAGCGGCCUGGGGCUUCCACCACUACCUCAAGUACUCCUGCUCGUGCCACGUCUCGUGGGAGGCCGACCAGCUGGACCUGCCGCCAGUGCUGCCACCCGUCAACAUCACCGUCACGUCCUUGGACCGGCUGCGCUACUACCAGAACGUGUGCACGUCGAGCUACAGCUUCGUGUGGUGGGACUGGGCGCGCUGGGAGCGCGAGCUGGACUGGAUGGCGCUGAACGGCAUCAACCUUGCCCUGGCCGCCGGCGGGCAGGAGGCCGUGUGGGAGCGAGUGUACCGGCGCCUGGGGCUCAGCCCCGCCGAGGUGGCGGCGCACUUCGCCGGGCCGGCCUUCCUCGCCUGGCAGCGCAUGGGGAACCUCCGCGGCUGGGCGGGCCCCCUGCCCGUGUCCUGGCGAGCGCAGUCCGUGUCGCUGCAGCACAGGAUCCUGCGGCGCAUGAGGCAGCUGGGCAUCACGCCCGUGCUUCCCGCCUUCGCCGGCCAGGUGCCCCGCGCGUUCCGGCGGCUCUACCCGGACGUGAACAUGACUGAACUCUCAGUGUGGAAUAACUUUCCAGAUGAGUAUUGCUGCCCUUACCUAAUCGAGCCGACAGAUCCACUGUUUCAGCACAUUGGAAACCUCUUUCUCACUGAGGUGACUGCAGAGUUUGGGACCAACCACGCCUACUACUGCGACACCUUCAACGAGAUGUCUCCCUCGUCGGGCGACGUGAGGUACCUGGCGAGCGUCGGGCGGGCCAUCUACCAGGCCAUGCGGUCCGUGGACGCCAAGGCAGUGUGGGUCAAGCAGAACUGGGAGUUCGUGGACAGACCUCUUUUCUGGACUCAAGACAGGGUGGAAGCGUUCCUCACAUCUGUGCCACUGGGCCGAAUGAUCGUCCUGGACCUACAGUCGGAGCAGCACGAACGCUACACCGUCUUCAACUCGUACUACGGCCAGCCCUUCAUCUGGUGCAUGCUGCACAACUUCGGGGGAACGCUGGGUCUGUUCGGCUCGCUGCACAUCGUCAACAACAAAGUGUUUGAAGGCCGUAACUUCAUCGCCAACUCGACAAUGGUUGGCACCGGUUUGACUCCCGAAGGCAUCAACCAGAACUAUGUGGUGUACGACUUGAUGAACGAGAUGGUGUGGCGCACUCGACCGACUAAUCUGUCCGAAUGGAUCACUACGUACGCUGCGCGACGCUACGGACAAGAUAACCCGCACGCUGCCAUCGCUUGGGAGCUACUGAAGUCGAGUGUGUACAACUUCACGGGCGUGGGCAAGAUGCGUGGCAAGUACAUCAUCAAUGUGCGGCCGUCCCUACGCCUGCAGCCGUAUGCGUGGUACAGCGUGCCGGACGUCGGUGAGGCCUGGACCGAGAUGCUGCGAGCGUCCACCUCCCUGGGAGCGGCGGCCGCCUUCAGGCAUGACCUGGUGGACGUGACGAGGCAGGCCCUGGAGUUGCUGGCCUCUGCGCACUACGUGGCGGCCGUGGCAGCCUUCAGGGCCGGGAACCUCUCUUCCUUGCAGACCAACGGGCGGGCAAUGCUCGACAUACUCUCCGGCAUGGACGAGAUUCUUGCCUCCAACGAAGCUUUCCUCCUCGGCAGAUGGCUGCAGGCCGCCAAAGCAAAAGGAACCACUGAUGAGGAAAAGCAGCUCUACGAGUACAACGCACGGAACCAGAUCACGCUGUGGGGCCCGAAUGGACAGAUAAGGGACUACGCGAACAAGCAGUGGGCAGGUGUAAUAUCCCAUUAUUUCCGACCUAGGUGGCAAAUGUUCUUCAAAGAAUUAAAUGAAUCUUUAGUAAAUGGCACUGAGUUCAAUCAGACCGUGCUGGAUUCACAAAUAUUGCAACAGAUAGAAAAACCAUUUACCUCUGAUCGAUCUGCUUUCCCGAUCAACCAGAAAGGAGACAGCGUGGAGAUUUCACGUCGCAUGCACCGGAGAUGGCACCCGGAGUUCCGCUCGUUCAGCGAGUCGGGGCUGUUUGGCUGCUGGACACAGCUGCAGUACGAGCCGGGCUUCCAAGAGCCGUCCUUCCAAGUGGUGCAGCUGUGACGCAAGUACAGGAGGUGCCUGAGGAAACAUUCGCUUGGCACCAACAGAAAAAUUCCUACAAAAUCGAACUGAUUCCUAGUCCUGUAGACGUGUAAAAUUGUAUUUCAGUGAAACUGAAGUUCCUUUACUAGACAAAUGAAAAUAUAAAAAAUUUUAGAUUGAA